AUGGUGAAACAGUUUGUGGUUCAGUUGGAGUGUCCGCGCAUCGUUGCCGCCAUCUUCAUCUGUGGCAUCGGUGGAACCUUCCAGUACGGGACCAGUAUCUCCUCACUGACCUCUCCUGCUGCAUUCAUCCAGGACCUGGUGAACAGCAGCUGCAGGGAGCGCUAUGGCCUGGUCCUGCACCAGGAGCAGAUCUCUCUCAUCUGGUCCUUCAUAGUGUCUGUCUUCUGCAUCGGAGGACUGGUCUCUGCGCUUUUCACCAACGCUCUGCUGUCGAGGCUUGGGAGGUCAGCACCUCCUUCUGCUGGACACAUCUGUAACCUGCACCUCCUUCUGCUGGACAAAUCUGUAACCUACACCUCCUUCUGCUGGACACAUCUGUAA